AUGGCUUUGAUUAAGAGCAACACCUUCUUCACUUCUUUGAUGAUUCUUCUCGCUCUCUUUGGAGUUGCCGUUGGAGGAACUGUACACAACGUGGGAGACUCGAGUGGAUGGACCAUGAUGGGUGUUAAUGACAAAGCAUGGGUUUCUUCAAGAACUUUUCAAGUCGGAGAAUCUUUGGGUUUUGAAUACAAUAACGGUUUUCACGACGUCGCUCACAAUGAUUUGAAGCUGUGUGAACCGUCUAAACCAUUAGCUAGAUAUCAAACCGGAUCUAAUACUACCAGUCUAACAAAACCGGGAUACUAA